AUGGACAACAAGACCUUCGUCUCCGACUCUCUCAUCCGCUUGACCGGUGCGUCAGACUCAAUCGCCGUGGACUUCGUUCUCGCCGAAGCCAGCUCCGCCAAAUCUGCCUCCUCGCUACAAGACAAGCUCGUCUCCUUCCUCGAUGGCAACGCCGAUGACAUUGCCGCGUUCUGCGGCCAGCUUUAUUCUCGCGUAGGCAAGGGUGGCAGUAAGCCCAGCGCCUCGAGUUCGCGACCCGCCGCCCCGAAGGAAUCGACCAAGAAGAAAUAUGCUCUGGUGGACAUGAGCGAAGACCCCGUGGAUUCUGCCGGUUCACUAGGACCAGUCAAUGUCGAGGCCGAGCGUGACCGGCGACGACGUCGAGAGAAGGAGAGAUACAGUGAUCGUGAUCGUGAUCGCGAUCGUGGCCGAAGCAAGAUGGACUCAGAAGCUCGUGAUCGCUGGGAGAAGGACGAUAGCCGGAAACGAGAUCGCAGUCGCGAUGCCGAGAGUCGAGAUCGUCCGCGGACAAAAAAACUGCGCAGAAAGGAUUUGCAAGAUUUUGAGGAUCGAUGGGGCGAUGAAGAAAUCCCGGAAGACGAACUGUACGAUGAUGCCGACCAGGACGAAUUUGAAGAUCCGCCUUCCAAACGAACUAGGCUUGAAGACGGAUCUGCCUCUCCGCGCUCUGUUUCCCCGGCCGACGAUCUCGACCCUCAAACCAAGCAAGAACUUGAACGCCAGAAGGAUCUCCGCGAGCGUGACGAGCUCGCCAAGCGAUUGGCCAGCAAGGAUGACAACAAAUCUAAAAAGAUUGUGGAGGAUCGUACGAGGGAUGGCGAAGCUGCCCGUCGCCGCGCACUGGCCGAUGAUGUCGGUGCGCGGGCCUCCGUGAUGCCUGACCUACGAAUGCGCUCUCGGCAGGACUACCUACAGAAACGAGAGAUGGAGCGCCUAGUAAUCCUAAGAGGUCAAGUUGCUGACGAGGCCGCGGAACUGCGAGAGAACCCGAACUUGACCCGUGGAGAGAAGGAGCAAUUCGCUCGGAACCGAGAAGUUCUUCGCCUCGCUGAAGAACGACUUCGCAUUGAUGAUCACCGCGAUGGCUACAUUAUGCCAGAGGACUACAUCACCGAAAAGGGAAAAAUCGAUCGCAAGAAGAAAGAGGACGCGCUUUACAAGCGAUAUGUCGAACGCGACGAGACUGGCCAGGAAAAGUUCGUCACCGAGCACGAGGAAUGGGAGCAGGAGCAAUCUGCCAAGGCCAAGGCGCAAAUCCAGAAGCCUGAGUAUUUCAACGAGGGCGACUACGAGUAUGUUUUUGAUGAUUCGCAACAAAUUAACUUCAUCACGGAUGCGAAGAUGGACGGUGCUCAAAAGCCAAUGACUGCAGAGCAGCUUCGAUUCAAGGCACAGAUCGACCAGGCUGAAAAGCAGGCUGCCACGAUGGAAGAGACUCGGAAGAGUCUGCCGAUCUAUCAAUUCCGCGACCAAAUCAUUGAAGCUGUUCACAACCAUCAAGUCUUGAUUAUCGUCGGUGAGACCGGUUCCGGAAAGACCACUCAAAUUCCCCAGUAUCUCCACGAAGCCGGAUAUACCAAGGACGGUAUGAAGAUCGGUUGUACACAGCCACGACGAGUAGCGGCCAUGAGUGUCGCUGCCCGUGUUGCGGAGGAGAUGGGGACCAAGAUUGGAAAUGAGGUCGGAUAUGCGAUUCGUUUCGAAGACAACACCAGCGACAAGACCAUUCUCAAGUACAUGACCGAUGGUAUGCUUCUUCGAGAACUUUUGACCGAGCCAGACCUGGGACAAUACUCAGCCUUGAUGAUUGACGAGGCUCACGAGCGGACCGUUCCCACGGAUAUUGCUUGUGGUCUUCUCAAGGAUAUUGCGAAAGCACGACCGGAUUUGAAGUUGUUGAUUUCGUCUGCCACCAUGGACGCGCAGAAGUUCCAGAAGUAUUUUGACGAUGCCCCCAUUUUCAAUAUCCCCGGCCGACGAUACCCGGUCGACGUACACUACACUUCGCAACCCGAGGCCAACUACCUAGCUGCUGCUAUUACGACCGUCUUCCAGAUUCAUGUCACACAGGGCCCAGGUGAUAUUCUUGUGUUCCUGACAGGCCAAGAGGAGAUUGAAGCAGCAGAACAGAGCUUACAAGAAACCGCUCGAAAGCUAGGUGGUAAAAUGCCAGAGCUGAUCAUUUGCCCCAUCUACGCCAAUCUGCCAUCGGAAUUGCAAACGAAGAUUUUCGAGCCCACUCCCCCGAAAGCUCGGAAAGUGGUGCUUGCGACAAAUAUUGCCGAGACUAGUUUGACAAUUGACGGUAUUGUCUACGUGAUCGAUCCUGGAUUCGUCAAGGAGAAUGUCUUCAAUCCGCGUACUGGCAUGGAGAGCUUGGUGGUGACACCGUGCUCACGCGCUUCUGCUAACCAGCGAGCUGGACGUGCGGGACGUGUUGGUCCCGGUAAAUGUUUCCGGCUCUACACUAAAUGGGCCUACUACAACGAAUUGAUGGAGAACACUGUUCCCGAGAUCCAGCGGACCAACCUCAACAGCGUGAUCUUGAUGCUGAAAUCAUUAGGCAUUGAUCAACUUCUCGACUUCGAUUUCAUGGAUCCUCCACCUGCCGAGACCAUUAUUCGUGCAUUGGAGCAACUGUACGCACUCGGUGCCCUGAACGACCGCGGCGAGUUGACCAAGGUCGGCCGACAAAUGGCCGAGUUCCCUACCGACCCUAUGCUAGCGAAGGCGAUCCUUGCCGCUGAUAAAUACGGCUGCGUAGAGGAAGUCCUCUCCAUCGUUUCCAUGCUGGGUGAAGGCAGCGCGCUGUUCUUCCGACCAAAGGACAAGAAGAUUCACGCGGACAGCGCCCGCAACCGAUUCACCGUCAAGGAAGGCGGCGACCACCUCACCCUUCUGAACGUCUGGAACCAAUGGGUAGACUCGGACUUCAGUUUCAUCUGGGCGAAGGAGAACUUCCUGCAACAGCGCAGUCUCACGCGUGCGCGUGAUGUCCGCGAUCAACUGGCCAAAUUGUGCGAUCGUGUCGAGGUCACUGUCAGUACAUGCGGUGCGCACAAUAUAAUUCCUAUCCAAAAGGCCAUCACAGCUGGAUUCUUCCCCAACGCGGCACGAUUGCAGCGCGGCGGUGAUAGUUACCGCACGAUCAAGACUGGACAAGGUGUUUAUUUGCACCCGUCUAGCACGCUGUUCGAGGUUAACCCACGAUGGGUGAUUUACUUCGAGCUCGUCUUGACCAGCAAGGAGUACAUGCGCAGCAACAUGCCUCUCCAAGCCGAAUGGCUUAUGGAGGUCGCGCCUCAUUUCUACAAGAAGAAGGAUUUGGAGACCUUGGGACUGGAGAAGAAAAUGCCGAAGGGAGCUGGAGCAAGUGGCGAGCAGAGCAAGGCGUGA